AAUGUGUCUGAUACUUAAGAUGAAAGAGUUGAUGCUCAGUUUGGAUUCUUGCUGUCUCUGGUAACUUACACUGUGUUGUUCUUCUGCCUUUGUUGGUCUUGUAUAGUAGUAUAUAAAACAAGAGUGUUCAAAAGAAAGCUCUGAACAUACUGAUAUAAAAACUUAAUAUUUUUCUGUUUUUUCCACCUGCAGAUAUUGAAAAAAGUCAAGAGUCAGCCAUGAGAAAUCACACAUUAGUGACAGAAUUCAUCCUCCUGGGAUUGACAGAUGACCCAGACUUACAGGUUAUAAUUUUCCUCUUUCUGUUUUUCACCUACAUAUUGAGUAUAACUGGCAACCUAACUAUAAUCACUCUCACCCUUCUGGACUCUCACCUCAAGACUCCCAUGUAUUUCUUUCUCAGGAAUUUCUCCUUCUUAGAAAUAUCAUUUACAUCUGUCUGCAUUCCAAGAUUCUUGGUCAGUAUUUUAACUGGAGACAGGACAAUUUCUUAUAAUUCUUGUGCAACUCAGUUAUUUUUUUUCAUCCUCCUGGGUUCAACCGAAUUUUUUCUGCUGGCUGCCAUGUCCUAUGAUCGCUAUGUGGCCAUCUGCAAACCUCUACAUUACAUGACCAUUAUGAGUAACAGAGUCUGCAACCAACUUGUAAUCAGCUCUUGGCUGGCAGGUUUCCUCAUUAUCUUUCCACCAGUUAUCAUGGGUCUCCAGCUGGAGUUCUGUGACUCCAAUAUCAUUGAUCAUUUCACCUGUGAUUCUUCUCCCAUGCUGAUGAUCUCUUGCACAGAUACCAAAGUCUUAGAGGUCCUGAGUUUUUUCUUGGCUGUAUUCACACUGAUAUUUACUUUGAUAUUAGUGAUUUUAUCAUAUGCAUUCAUCCUCAGAACAAUUCUGAGAAUUCCCUCUGCCCAGCAAAGGAAAAAAGCCUUUUCUACUUGUUCCUCCCACAUGAUUGUUGUCUCCAUCUCUUAUGGAAGCUGCAUCUUCAUGUAUGUCAAACCCUCAGCAAAAGAAGGGGUGGCUAUGACUAAAGGGGUAGCAGUGCUGAAUACUUCUGUUGCUCCCAUGCUGAAUCCCUUCAUUUAUACCCUAAGGAACCAACAAGUGAAGCAAGCUUUUAAGGACAUGAUCAAAAAAUUCUUGAACUCAAAUGCAUAA